UCUCAACCGCCCCGUCCGGUCACCAGUUGAUAGGCCGUUUGGCCUAUAAAUAUCGGGCUUUAAAAGGGAAAGAGUCACCGCUUAUUUUGGGGUCUGGUUAGAGAGACACACAAAGGCCUAGAUCUGUACGCUGACUCUAGACGAAGCUAAAGGAAAUGGAGACCUUUCUAUUCACCUCUGAGUCCGUGAACGAGGGACACCCCGACAAACUCUGUGACCAGAUCUCUGAUGCGGUAUUAGAUGCCUGCCUUGAGCAAGAUCCUGACAGCAAGGUUGCCUGUGAAACAUGCACCAAGACCAACAUGGUCAUGGUCUUUGGAGAGAUUACCACCAAAGCCAAGGUAGACUAUGAGAAGAUAGUUCGUCAGACAUGCCGUGGAAUUGGAUUUAUUUCCGAUGAUGUUGGUCUUGAUGCUGACAAAUGCAAGGUCCUUGUUAACAUUGAGCAACAGAGCCCUGAUAUUGCUCAGGGUGUCCAUGGCCACUUCACCAAGCGCCCAGAAGAGAUUGGUGCUGGUGAUCAGGGACAUAUGUUUGGUUAUGCCACUGAUGAGACCCCUGAGUAUAUGCCUUUGAGCCAUGUCCUUGCAACCAAGCUCGGGGCAAAGCUAACUGAGGUUAGGAAGAACGGCACCUGCCCAUGGCUAAGGCCUGAUGGCAAGACUCAGGUUACUGUUGAGUACUACAAUGACAAUGGUGCCAUGGUCCCAGUCCGCGUACACACUGUCCUCAUCUCCACCCAACAUGAUGAGACUGUAACAAACGAUGAAAUUGCUGCUGACCUCAAGGAGCACGUCAUCAAGCCGGUCAUCCCUGAGAAGUACCUUGAUGAGAAGACCAUCUUCCACCUCAACCCAUCAGGGCGUUUUGUCAUUGGUGGUCCUCACGGUGAUGCAGGACUCACUGGACGCAAGAUCAUUAUUGAUACCUAUGGUGGAUGGGGAGCCCAUGGUGGCGGUGCUUUCUCAGGAAAGGACCCAACCAAGGUGGACAGGAGUGGUGCUUAUAUUGUCAGGCAGGCUGCCAAGAGCAUUGUAGCAAAUGGUCUUGCCCGCAGGUGCAUUGUGCAGGUCUCCUACGCCAUUGGUGUGCCUGAGCCUUUGUCUGUCUUUGUGGACAGUUAUGGAACUGGAAAGAUUCCUGACAAGGAGAUCCUCAAGAUUGUGAAGGAGAACUUCGACUUCAGACCCGGAAUGAUGACCAUCAACCUAGAUCUCAAGAGGGGUGGCAACAGGUUCUUGAAGACAGCUGCAUAUGGUCACUUUGGAAGGGACGACCCAGAUUUCACCUGGGAGGUUGUCAAGCCCCUCAAGUGGGAGAAGCCUCAAGCUUAGAGUGAUUUAUUCUAUAUCCUACUGCUGCUUGCUUGGCUGGUAGUGAAUAAUUUGGCUUGUGUCUCGCUGCUGCACUAUAAUCUCAAACAGAAGAUGUCCUAUUCAAUUUUAUUUUUUACUUUUUACUUUUUAUUUUUUAUUUUAUUUUUGUUAUUACCAGUGUCUGUGCUAUGAAUACAACUGUACCAGAAUUUUGCUUGAAUUGAUGGCGCUGGAAGUAAUGAGCGGCUGCCUUGCAGCAGGGCAGCAGCAAAAUGUAUUAACGUGUUCUUUUGGCAAAAAAAAAAAAAAAAAUUAUUUGUUGCACUUAA